UUUCUGAAGGAAGCCGAGGAGGAGGAGGAGGAGGCUGGCGAUCCUGGGCCUCCCGUCGCCGCCUUCCCCGAGCGGCAGGAAGGGAGGGAGGGAGGGAAGGGAAGAAGGAAGGAAGGAGGGCCCUGACUGCCGCCUGGGUGGAAGGGGAGGGGCCCGGAGCCGUUGCUGCGGGGCUGAGGCGGAGGGAGCUGCCGUUGGGCCUUGGGCGCGCCGAGCGACGGCGAGGAGGAGGAGGAGGAGGAGGAAGGAGAAGAAGCGAAGGGAGGCGGAGGAGGAGACCCCCCCUCUCUCUCCCUCCGCCGCCGCCGCGGAGACAAAAGAGCCAGCGAGGGAGGGCAGCCUCCUCUCCUCCCUCGGCCCCCCCUCCUGCCAUUCUCCUCCUCCUUCUUCCUAGGGAGCCCACAGAGAGGACAGCCCGCGUCCCAGAAUAUCACAAGCAUAAUUUUGCUCAAGACGUAACUUUUGCUGUCUAGAUCCUGUGUUGUGCCAAAGGUUACAACUUAACUUCUUUCUAUCCUGAUAAUUGUUUGGUUGUAUGAGGGACUCCAUGAAAGAUGACAGAAGAAGUUAUUGUUAUAGCAAAGUGGGAUUACACUGCGCAACAGGACCAAGAACUUGACAUAAAGAAGAAUGAGCGCCUCUGGCUGCUAGAUGAUUCCAAAACAUGGUGGAGGGUAAGAAAUGCAGCCAACAAAACAGGAUACGUGCCAUCAAAUUAUGUCGAGAGAAAGAACAGCUUGAAGAAGGGUUCUUUGGUUAAGAAUCUGAAAGACACGUUAGGCUUGGGCAAAACAAAACGAAAGACCAGUGCCAGAGAUGCUUCACCGACCCCUAGUACUGAUGCAGAAUACCCCUCCAAUGGCAGUAGUGCUGAUCGGAUUUAUGACCUGAACAUCCCAGCAUAUGUUAAAUUUGCUUAUGUGGCAGAGAGGGAGGACGAACUGUCUCUUGUGAAAGGAUCUCGAGUUACUGUUAUGGAAAAAUGCAGUGACGGCUGGUGGAGAGGGAGCUACAAUGCACAAAUUGGCUGGUUUCCUUCAAACUACGUAGUAGAGGAAGUUGAGGAAGCAACUGCUGAUUCACCGAGUUUUCUAAGUUUGAGAAAAGGAGCAUCUAUGAGUAAUGGCCAGGCCAUGAAAGUACUUCAUGUUGUUCAGACGUUGUAUCCGUUCAGUUCUGUCACGGAAGAAGAGCUCAACUUUGAAAAAGGUGAAACCAUGGAAGUCAUAGAGAAACCUGAAAAUGACCCAGAAUGGUGGAAAUGUAAAAAUUCUCGAGGGCAGAUUGGUCUUGUUCCCAAAAACUAUGUAAUAAUCUUAAGUGAUGGUCCUACUAUGAACACUUCCCAUCCACCCCCAAUAAGCUAUACUGGGCCUUCUUCUACUGGACGCUUUGCAGGAAGAGAAUGGUAUUAUGGGAAUGUUACUCGACAUCAGGCAGAAUGUGCUUUAAAUGAGAGAGGAGUGGAAGGGGACUUCCUCGUCAGAGAUAGUGAAUCUUCGCCCAGUGACUUUUCGGUAUCUCUAAAGGCAUCAGGGAAGAACAAACAUUUCAAAGUGCAGCUGGUGGACAAUGUCUAUUGCAUUGGACAGCGUCGCUUUAAUACUAUGGAUGAAUUGGUGGAACACUACAAAAAGGCUCCCAUCUUCACCAGUGAACAUGGGGAAAAGUUAUAUCUCAUCAAAGCACUUCAGUGACAUUGAAGAUGGACUGGGCCUGCCAGGGCCUCUUAUAACUUACAAGCCUUAGGUCUGAAAUACACUUUUAUAGAACAGAGCAGUCUAUAACAGUCUGAGACAGUUGUCAAGAAUGGCCUCUUUCUAAAACAUUUGCUCUGUUGAUUAUAUUAUUUCUCUCUUUGCCCUCUCCCAGCCUCUUGCUUUUUGUUUGCCUACUUUGUCUUUUAAAAGUUCAGUUGUUUCACAUGCCCCCUCAGGUUGAAAAUCUCACUUAAGUGGCCAUUGCAAGUCCUCUUUUUCUUCCCCGGGUUCUAAGCUCCUCUCUUCUGUGUACGUUUACAUAGUUAGUUCACAUAAAUGAGGGGUAUUUCAGUUCAAAACAGUGUUAAAUUGUUCCGGUAGCUCACGCUGGCAGAACGCUAGCAGAACUCAUUGAGAGACUGGGCACAGUUGGAAUGCACUGAACCUGCAGCUAACUAAGUGAAAUAUAGUAGACAUAACAGUUUUGGCUGUGAGUUCUGUAGCUAUUUUGCUUACCAAGUAGUAUACUCCAGAAAUUCCUAGUAUCUAGAAGCACUCUUUACACUCUCUAUUCAACUAUUACAUUGCCUCCUUGACUCUUUGUGAAGAGUACACUAACUAAAGCAUUUUGUAAUAGAACUUCUUAAACUACUACGGUAAGAUUGUAGUAAAAGUAUCUAGCGUACUUUGACAUGUAAUUGCAACAGAGAUGUUUCAUUGAAAGUUGAUUACUUAGAGAAUCAUUGAAUUGUAAUGGUUGAAUGUUUUGGUAAUCUACAACCAAAUGUGCCAUCCACAUAAUGCUUUCUCUUCUUGCCCUUCUGCUUGUUUGAAUUAAACAAUUAUGUAUUUAAUUCUUAAA